CCAAGGACACUUCGACAGGUGGACUGGAGACACAGAUUUGAACCUUCAAUCUUCUGGUUGGAUUCGACUGCUCUACCCAACCUACCACUGUCGCCUCCCCCAUCACACAGAAAGCAGCCAAGAAGCUACUUUUGUGUCUGUAGCCACAGGAGGACACAUGUCAAAUGUUACUCAAUUAAAAAUGAUACAGGAAGAAGCCAUACAGUACAUGAAAACUGGGCAUGGUAUCCUAUGUAGGCUAUCUAAGAAUUUUGUAAACGUACAGAGAGUGGCGCUAAUGCUCUGCCCGGUUGCAUUUCAAUGUUACAACGAAGAAGAAGGAGGCUCGUGACCACUGUAGCUUUUAUUUACAUACUUCCCCGUUGCAUUUUAUUAUAUGCGUUUUAUAUUUUGACGGAUUCGUGUGCUGGUCUGAUCCUAUCAACUGUCAGUAACUUAGGUGUUCUAAGCCACGUUCUGAAAUUACAUUUUGCUCAAUGGCCAGUUCAUUUCCAAGUGUAUCCGAACUUGUUGCGGAUGCUCGUCGUGUGUUCGGACAGGUGUUUGGGGAAGAGACUCCUCAGGUGGCGGUGUGUGCGCCUGGAAGAGUCAACCUGAUAGGGGAGCACACUGACUACAACCAGGGAUUUGUACUUCCAAUGGCGCUGCCCCUGGUGACUGUGGUAGUAGGGAGUCAAACCUUUGGCCAGGAUGUUACCGUGGUAACAACAACUGAGGAUGCUGAUGAGCCUAGGAGAGUGGACUUCAGAUUGCCCACUGACAGAUUGUUUAUGUCUCCAGGGUCACCCAGCUGGGCAAACUAUGUGAAGGGUGUUAUACAGCAUUACAGGGCUCCUCUUGUCUCAGGUUUUAGAGCGGUGAUAGCCAGCAGUGUCCCCUUGGGAGGCGGUCUGUCCAGCUCUGCCUCUCUGGAGGUGGCUUUCUACACAUUUCUGCAGCAGCUCAAACCAGAUGAUGGAGACAAGGUGUCCAAAGCAUUAGCCUGUCAGCAGGCAGAACACACUCAUGCUGGUGUACCCUGUGGGAUUAUGGAUCAGUUCGUGUCUGUCCUCGGCAGAGAGCGCCAUGCUUUGCUCAUUGACUGCAGAUCCUUGGAGGCCACCCCCUUGCCCCUCGCAGAUCCAAGCUUGGUCAUUCUCAUCACCAACUCCAAUGUGAGGCACUCACUGUCUGGUGGUGAGUACACCGUGAGACGCAGACAGUGUGAAGAAGCUGCCUCUGUCCUAGGAAUGGCCAGUCUUAGAGAUGCUACAAUUAUGGACCUGGAUGAGGCAAGGGACAGACUGGAUGAUGUAACCUAUCAAAGAGCUUGUCACGUGAUUAAGGAAAUAGAAAGAACCGUCCAAGCUGCUGAAGCCCUGAAGAGAGGAGCCUACAAAGAGUUUGGCAAGCUUAUGGUUGAGAGCCACAACUCACUCAGGGAUCUGUAUAAGGUGAGCUGCAGGGAGCUGGAUGAGCUGGUGUCUGCAGCCAUGGAAGUGGAAGGGGUGUUUGGCAGCCGGAUGACAGGUGGAGGAUUCGGUGGAUGCACUGUGACUUUACUGCAGGCUCAUGCUGUUGACAGGACUAUACUCCACAUAAAGGUGUUCAACUGCUCAUACAGUCUCUGUUACCAGCUGAUUGUUGCACUAUGGAGUGAUACUUCAUAUCAUCUGUUCUCCCUCUACUCAGCUGUGAGUGUGUGUGAAAGGGGCGUGGCCCCUCCCUCCUCUAAACAGAAACUGAUACAGAGAAAAUACAGUGAAAAAUAAAACAGGACAGUCCGCGUCAUCUUGGGAGGUUUUGCAGGCCGAAGUACAAGGUAUACCACUCAUUAGGUUCCGAUAGUGGAAAUGAAGCAAAAGUGUGGAAAAUGGUACAAAUUAAGGUUUUGGUCAUAGGGCCAUUGCCAGCAUUGUCUACAGUCCCUGUCAUUUCAAAAAAUUGGAACUGCUCACCAUUAUUUUUAUCUUAAACAAUAGUUCAAAUGACUGUAAUGUGAUUGGCCUCUUAUUGAUGAACUGACAAAGCAUAACACACUGUACACUGUAGACUGACACAGUUGCCAACUAACUACCAACAGGCUGCUUGAGAUUAAAAUGUUACAUGGCAUAAAACAAGUCAUGCAAUACAGAGGUAUAGACUAAGAGCUGACAGUGAUACCUAGACUGAUAUGGUCUCCAGUACUGGCAGCUUUGUAUCUGCAACAGUUCAGACUGUGAAACUACAUGAUCUCCAAGAUAGAUAGAUUGAGAGUUGUAGAUACUCUUUCUUUGUUCAUCAGUAUAUCAGAUGUUGUCAGAUGUCAUAUAGCAGUUGCUACAAAGUAAAUUUUUCCAUUUAGUUGGGGACAUUUGUUUUUUCUUUUUUUGUGAAUCUGUUAUCUGAAAAUCUUUGCAUUCCAAAGGGUAUUUGAAAUGAAAAGUAUCUGAGGACAUGGUUCAUUUGUUCACAAGAGAUAAAAAGCACUUUUCAGUGUCACAGUUGUCACUUUCAGGGGGCCAUUUCAGACAAAUUGCCCAGUCCCCUGUGUCUUGCUCGGACAGCUCUAGUGUGUGUAAGAGUUGAGAGAUCAGGGGGGUAUGAGCUGAAAAUAAAAGCGAGCUUCAUGGAGACGGAGCCAGAAGUGUCUUGUUAUUAUGCUGGUCUGGACACUGUGGCCCUGCUGCCUUUCUUCCUUAACAUAGUCAGACUGUAGGCGUGCUGUUCACUGAUACCAUUCAGAACUUACUGGAGAUACAUCAACAAAAACAUAAAUUGAACCACAGAAAGUCACGGGAAAGGACUGCAUCAUAAACUGAAGGGAUGAGAUGUUUGCUUUGAAACAACAGGGAGAAGG